AUGUCACAAUCAGAAGACUAUCCAGCCUGGUUCUCGCAACUAGACUGGACUAAUGGCUGGUUUCAGUUGAAUCGGCCUAAUCCAACUCCCUCCGAAAAUGAUAAUGACCACGACCACGACCAUGAGCAUGCAGAUAAUACGCCAACAGCGAUAAAAAGACAGGAGUCAAAACCGCUUUUCCCACCUCAAUCUCCUCCUUUGCUCUACCAACCACACUCCCAAUCCGGGCAGUCUCAAUCAGACCAGCUAGGCGAUGAAGAUACCGGAACAGGCACAAUCGAAUGGAUCCAGCAACCCCCCAUCGUCAUCCCUGUCAGACCAAGUAGAGACCGAAUCACAAAACGUCGUUUGCGCGGGAUUCAUCUUUUCAUGCUAACAAUAAACGGCACCCUCGGCACAGGCCUCUAUUGGCGAGGCGGCCAAAUCCUUGAACUCGGCGGCCCUCUCGCCGUUCUUUUGUCAUUCCUGCUCGUUGGCCUCCUCGCCUGGGCCGUAAUGCAAUGCAUCACCGAAAUGCUCUGUAUCUGGCCCAUCCCAGGCGCGUUGUCCGUGUACGUCAGCGAAUUCGUCGACAUGGAGCUUGGUAUAGUUGUCGGCGUAACGUAUUGGUUUACGUACUCGGUCUCAUUUUCGGCGUUGGUGGCUACUUCCGCCGCGGAGCUUGUUUUCUGGCCUGUGGUAAAUGAUAGCAAGAGUUUUCAGGGGUUGGUGAUUUAUUUUGCGAUUCCAGUUCUUUUGAUUUUGGUGAACGCAUUUAGUAUUGGCAUCUAUCGACACGUGGAGUUGUACACGGGGAUAAUCAAGAUAUGCUUUCUUGUGGUCAUAUUCGUGUUUUUGAUUAUAUUGAAGUUCAUGGAUCCACCGGAUCAAACUGUUCGCCAGCCCUUGAAUACCGAAAAUUGGUCUCUUGUGCUCGUUUUCGACCACAAUGCCGCUCCCAACUGGGCCACAGCUUUCAUAAUGUCCAUCUCAAUUGCAACAUUCGCCUACGUCGGCGUCGAAAUCGUCGCCGCCUCCGCCUUGGAAGUCCAAUGGCCCCGACGCGUAAAAACAGAUCUUUCUUCUUCCUCCCACCGCUCCAACGACACCCUAAUCGGGAAUACUGUCAAAUUCUCCGCAAUCUGGAUCUCCGUCAUGGCCACGCUUGCAUACACACUGACAAGCGUGCUCGCAACACUAGAAAUACCCUGGGAUGACUGCCAACUUCCGCGCCUCAGCUGGGUGACUACCACUCAAUGCACCAGCCCUUCAACCGACAUGUCCGCCCCAUCAGCAGAGACAGGAAUAGCGGAGCAAACAUCUUCCGUCUUCGUCGCGAUCGCUUCUAGAUCCCAAAUCCCGCAUCUGGGCGAUAUAUUCAACCUCUUCCUCGUGUUUACCUGUCUCAGCUGCGCAAGCACAAACCUCUACGUCGCCUCGCGCGCACUGUUCGGUUUGACGAGUCGGUUGGAUGAUGGGCGCGACCAACCCUGGUAUUUGCGAGCAAUGGCCUACUUCGGCAAGACAGAUAGUCACAACGUGCCCCGGAGAGCGAUGAUCUUUUCUGCGUUUGCGUUUUGGUGGGUUCCGUUUUUACAGCUGAGGGCUGGCACGGGGACAGAUAAUCCUAUUGGAAUGUUCGUCGAAAUCCUAGCAGAAAUGGGCUCAGUCGGAAUCCUGAUUGUCUGGGCCUGUAACUGUCUCGCUUUUAUACGCUAUUACCACUGUAUAUCAACCCACCGCGAAGCCCUCGAGCGCGAAGGCAUCUCCCUCGUCCGCCGCUGGAGCACAAAACAUCCCACCGACUACCCCUACCGCGGCAGCGGACAACCCUUUCUCGCCUACGCGGCGCUCGCAGGAUGCAUGUUUGUGCUUGUUGUUGCGAAUAGUGCUGCGUUGUGGGGUGGGUUUUAUGUUAUGCCAUUUUUGAGUAGUUAUCUCAUUGUGAUGGUGUUCAUUGUGCUGCUGGUAGGCAUGAAGCUCAAGAGAGGCGGGAAAUGGGCGUUUGUGGACUUGACAAAUGAGCAGAAGGUAAUUAGGAAGAUUAAUAAUUUGCAUAGUAUUCGGUUGGGGGCGACUUAA